AUGUUCAAACAGUCAGUUUCUCAAAUCGCCGCAGCCGGGAUGGGCGGUAAGGUCGCCGUCAGAUCAUUUUCUGUGGGUGCUGUGAUUCGUUCCAACAUUGGGAAAGCUCCAAUUAGACUUGGUGAAGGUAUUGAAUGCUACACUGAAAGUAUACCAUAUGAAUUUUCCAAGAGAUUCACCAAAGGUAGUCAAGUCAUCACCUUGGAUAAGCAUAUCGUUGUCAAGGGCCCAAAGGGUGUAUUAAGAAGCAUUGUUCCAAACUUCAUUGAAGUUGAAAAUAAAGAUGGAUUAGUUUCCGUUUCUGUUCCAGAUGCGAAGGACAAGAUCCAAAGAUCCAUGUGGGGGACAACCAGAGCCUUACUUAAUAACAAUGUCAUAGGUGUAACAGAAGGUCAUUUGGCUAUUGUCAAGUUUGUAGGUACUGGUUAUAGAGCUACCAUUGAAGAUCUUGCCAAUGGUAAGAAACAGGUUGUUCUUAAGAUUGGGUACCCAUACAUGCCAGCCUUAGAAGUGCCUGAAGGUCUCACUGUUACCUCUCCAAACCCAACUAGACUCAUUAUUGAAGGUAUAAAUAAGCAUACUGUAACACAGUUUGCCUCCAAGAUUAGAGAGUUCAAGAAGCCUGAACCUUACAAGGGUAAGGGUAUUUACGUCAACGAUGAAACCAUCAAGUUGAAGGAAAAGAAGAUCAAAUAG